CUUAUCCAUUCCUCCAUUAUUAUUAUAUAAACGCACUGCUCCACAACAGCAAUCAACAAUAAGAGAGCAAUACUACUACCAUCAUCGCACUGGUUAGUAGGAAACCAAACCAACUCUCCGAAACGGGAUCAUCUUCUCCGACAUCCUCUCUCUCUCUUCAUUCUCCAAUGGCGACAAGGAAGAAGACCCACCACCACGAAAGACCAAACUACCUCUAUCUCGAAGGAUCAGAUCACAGAGUCAAUCCAGUCACCUCCGAUUCUGGGUUUGAACUCCGUGAAGCUGAAGUCUGGGAUUCAAGCGAAGUUGUCGAUGAUGUUGCAUCUGAACCCAAGAAAUCUAUACCAACUUCACGCAUGAAGAAACCACUGAAGAAAAUCAGCAGCACUGAUCGGAGGCCCGGCACUGCGGCAACAUCGCUGCCGGUGAACAUACCGGACUGGUCACAGAUCCUCGGAGGGGAGUACAAGAACCCGAAAAGAGAGAAUGAGGAGGAUGAUGAUGAUGAAGAUGAUAGGGUACCGCCCCAUGUGUAUUUAGCAACGACUAGAGGUUCUUCUUUUUCUGUGCACGAAGGUGUUGGGAGGACUUUGAAGGGAAGAGACUUGAGUAGGGUAAGAAAUGCUAUUUGGAAGCAAACUGGGUUUGAAGAUUAG